AUGCAAUCCAUGCAAAUAAAAGAAGAUAAAGAUGAUCAGCACGGGCAGGUUGAUUCUGCCUCUGCCCUCCAACAAUAUCUUGAUCACAUAACUGUUACCUCAAUAUCUGGCAUAUACAAUUCACUUGUGUUGGAAAUAAAAGCUGGAGACACUAUAAGGGAUGCGAUUCAUAUGUUGUACGAAAAGGAAACCUUUGGUGCAGCCAUUGUUGAUGUUUUGGAUACUGAAACAUCCGAUGUAAGAUUUUCCGAUCGCUAUAUCGGUUUCAUUUCUUUUCCAAACAUCAUUCUUUGGUGUCUCGAGGAAUAUGAAAACAUAAAGGAAGAUGCCAAUGACAAUCACAGUCACCUUAAAGAUAUUGAGCAUGAUGACCUUUUCUCCAUCCUAGACCAGAUCCCUCAGAUUGGCCAAACCAAGGUUGGCGAGUUGGCUAAGUCAUUCCUCUGGGAACCAUUUUUUCCGGUACACUUGAAUGACACGAUUCUGCACGCAUUGUUACUUCUUUCUAAGCAUAGGCUGCAAGUUUUGCCUGUCAUACAACAACCAGAUGCCCCCCUCAUCGGUUUUGUUACCCAGAAUGCUCUAGUUGAACUACUUCUUCGAUCAAGCGAACUAGAGUGGUUUGAUAAUAUUGCAAACAAGAACUUGUCAGAUUUCCGAUUUGAAGGCCAAGAACAUCCUAGAUGUGUAUUUGGGAGCCAAACUGUUGCAGAUGCUUUGAAGCUGCUAUGGCAGAACCAAACCUGUGCAGUCGCAGUUGUGGAUCGACAAACCAAGAAGCUUGUCGGUAAUUUGAGGAACAGUGACAUUUAUAAUCUUGUAAAGAAAGACGAACUCUUUAGAAAUAGAAGGAUAUUAACGGUUGAAGAAUUUCUUCGCACAGAGACUGAACCAAUCAUUGAAAAUGAACAUGGUGCUGAUCAAACUGCAGGAAGUCUCCACCUGAAAAACAGCUUCAAAUCCAGAAUGGAUUCGCCAGUAACUAACAAGGAAAAUGACACGCUGAAGCAAGUAAUGGACCAAAUGGCAAAGACUAAUAGCUGUUUCAGUUUUCUGAUAAAUGAUAAUGAGCAAGUUACUGGUUUGAUAACAGUGAGAGAUAUAAUUCUGCAAUUUGCACCUCCAUGUGUGAAUUCUAGUAUUGGUGGAGGUGGAUUUUUUGAAUUGGCUUUGGAGCAGAGUAGAUGUCAUAUUAGUAAUGGAACUAUCAUUCGUAAUCGUUGA